AUGAAGCUUACAACAGGAGGACUAGCCCUCUCCUUGGCCGUUGGAGGCUAUUCCAUGAACAGUGGGACGAUUUCCAAGGCCAUUUUCGAAAACAAGGAUACUCUUUUGGAACGACGUGAGGCAUUCGCCCAUCGAAGGGCCCUGGAAGUGGAGUAUUUGGAACCCACCUUUCUCACGCCCAGCAGCAGCAGCAGCGAUAAUUUGCGUUCCAACAACAAUCAAGAUCACAGACAAUUGGAUCAAAAGUCUUGUGAUGUUGCCUUCUUUAGUUGUAUUCCGAACGAUGUCUGUGUGGAUUGUUUCACACAGCUGGAGUUGAAUAAUAUUGAUUGGGCGGGUGUCACUCCGGACACAACCUGUGACGACGUGGUCCGCUUUUUGAAUAACAAGGGACAUUGCCCCAAUCUUUCCGGGGAUAGCAAGGGGAAAGAGGUCUUUUGUGACACCUUUCGUAGCUGUGUCAUCUGGAAAGGCUUUGGUGAAAACGAUGAUAUGGUACCAGAUGAGGACGACGAAGAUUUUGUGAAUUGUACUGCCUUGACCGAGUGCAAGUGGCCAGGCAUGCACGAAAAUUGGAUUGGAGAUGGUGUCUGCCACGACAACCUCCAUGGAUGUUACAACACAAAAGUCUGUGGUUGGGAUGGCGGUGACUGUUGUGAAGAUUCUUGUGGCAAGACUUUUAACGCUAACCCUCAGCUUGUGGAAUGCGGACACGAUGGAUUUGCCUGCCGCGACCCCACUUCUGCCAACUGCGAUCCAUCGCUUACCAAAUUCUGUCCCGUUGACCCCGGGGCCGGUGAUGAUGUUGUGGAAUGUGGACCUGGAGAACAAAUGUAUCGAUUGAUGAUGUACGAUUCCUUUGGCGAUGGUUGGGAUACGACCAAGGUGACCAUCAAGCUACAAGGAAAUAGCAAGACUGUCUACAGUGGAGGACUCAAAAAGGGAUCCUAUGGAGUGGAGCAAAUUUGUCUAUCCAAGGAGCCCGCUUGUUACAGUGCAGAGACUGGCGGAGGUGUUUGGGGGAUUGAAUCGUCUUGGGAAAUCAAACCCGCCAGAGAAGGACCAGCAGCAAUUGCUGGAAGUGGAUCGCCAAACAGCUGUCAGUUCAAUGUGGCUGGUGCUCCAGGUUGUGAAAAUACUUGUUACGGAAGACCUGAAUAUGAUCCAACCAAGGACCCGGAAUAUAUGGAAUUCAAGAAGUUGGAAACCUGUAUCGAAAAUAAGUGUCUCAUUCAACUUGGCGCCUGUAAGGAAGAUUCUGUUUGUCAGGAUUGUUUCCGAGAAGAUCUGCCCGAACACUGUUUCAACGACGAGGCGUUCAAUGCUGUCAUGGAUUGCGCCAUUUGCAAGUGUACUGAACGGAAGAUUGACGCUUUCUGCCAAGCCAAACCAAGCCCCGGGGCCAAUUUGCCCGACAAGGAAAAAGAUAGCGACAAAGUGGAACACUGCACACCUGCCGAGAACCAACAUGGAACUGAUGCCGUGCUCUGGUUCAGCCAGUGUUCCGACAUUGACCAAAUUGCCGAAAUGAUCACUGAAUUUGAUCAAAACAACUUUGGACAGCUGGAUACUUUUGAAUCUUGUGCACACUCGUUUGCGAACGAUGCCAAUCACGGCGGACACACUGCUCUCGGUUGUAUGCAAGUUCUGUACAAUACCAUGACCAAUCCUAUUACUGAUAAUAAAAAUGCACCAAAGCAAGCCAUUUCGUCGCUUGCUAGACACUUGUACGAGGGGGGUGAAAGCUUUUGCGAUUGCGCAAAGGGAGCUUCCGAAAUGUGCCCCAUGUGCCCAAGCUUCCAAAAGUUCAAGACUUUGUUGUUUGAAUCAAUGGAUGCUUGCAAAGCACUGGACGAGAUUGAUUGCGAUGCUUGGGCCGAAUUCUGGCAACCAUGCAAGAAUAAUCUUCAAGGAAAAUUCGGAAGUUCGGAUUUCAGCUCGAAGGAACAAUGUGAUUUCGCCAUUUUCAACACUUGCGGUGGUGUUGGUCCUUUCCCAGGAUUCCGUCAUUUGGACUGCGAUAAGGAAGUGAGCUCUGAGGCAUGGGACUUUUACAAGACUUUCAGCAAGAACUGCAAGGAUGGUAUGCCCACUCCUGCGCCUGCUUCUCCAACCGUUAAGCCAGUUGCGCAACCUACCAAUGCUCCUGUCACAAAUGCUCCUAAUGCGCAACCAACUUCCCCAACCCAGAAGCCAUAUGUUCCAUCAGAUGCCUCUCCAACUCUGAAACCAUAUGUUCCGCCAGAUGCUUCUCCAACUGUGCCAUAUAAUCCACCACCGGAGGCUGCACCCACAAUGAGCCCUGUUGUCAACCCAACUCCGUACAUUCCAUCUGACCAAAAGACAGAUACUGGUGGUGAACCAAAGAAGAGCAGUCACUUCUUCCGAAACUUUUUCAUUCUAUGUUUUUUGGGCGGUGGCGGCUACUACGUCUACAAGAAGCGUUUUGCUACCUUCAACUUUGUCCAGUACCGUCGCCGAGGCGGGAAUGGCUACAAUGCCAUGUACGGUCAAGAGUCAGGAGGAUACACUGGUGAGAGUGAAAUGUUCAGCAAUUUGAACAGCUCGACAACUUUCGAGCCUCCAUCCCUACCCCCCACUCCUUCUGCAAUGAUGGGAACCGAAAUGACUUAG